AUGUCUGCCCGCACUGAUUAUGCGAGUUUACGGCGGGGUAAACAGUUCUCUGCCAAACUCUUUGGUACCUUUUAUGGCUCUGUUGUAGGUGUCAUCGAAAACUCAUAUGCCUCAAAACUCCGCGUGAUCUUCCGCCCGCAAGUUCAACCAUGGCAUCCUUCAUCAACCUUGACUCAAGAAGCUGCUCUGGCGGUCUUGAGAUUGGCUCCAGAAAAGUUCUGGGAUUUUAGCGCUGCAUUGUUCAAAGAACAGACGGGGUAUUUCGAUGAAAAUGCCGUGAAUGAAACGAGAAACCAGACUUACCAACGAUUGGCCAAACUGGCGGCUGGGGUUGCUGGAGUGGACGAAAGCAAAGUAUAUGAGUUGCUUAAGAUUAGUGACAAGCCGGGACCCGAUGGGUCGCUGAACAGCGGGAACGCAGUGACAGAUGAUAUCAAGUUUCUUACUAAGUCGAACCGAAUUAUAGGCGUCCAUGUCACUCCAACAGUCUUUUUUAAUGGUAUCGAGGAGAGAUCCAUCAGUAGCAGCUUUACUGCACAGCAAUGGGAAGAAUGGCUUAAAAAGAAUAUUGUGUAA